AAAGCUCAGCAGGAAGUGAUGGAGGAAUCCUUCAGGUGUGUCUCCCUCUGUGACCCUGAGGGUGUCCACGCCUUCAUCCUGGUCCUACCUGUGGGUCCCCUCACUGAUGAAGACAAGGGAGAGUUACACACCAUSCAGGACACAUUCAGCUCCAGAGUCAAUGACUUCACCAUCAUCCUCUUCACUACAGACUCAGAUCCUGAACAUCCAGAUGUUGGUAACUUUAUAGAGAACAAGGACAUCCAGGAUCUCCUCCAGAUCUGUGGAGGAAGAUAUUUAGUUCUGAACAUCAGAGACAGACGGCAGAUUGAAGGACUGAUGGAGACGGUUGAGAGAAACGUUUCUGAGAGAGAGAAAGAUUCAUCUUAUACAACUAAAACAUUAUUAUGGGGCCAAAGAGACGAUAAAAUACAGCUACAGAAUAAACUGAAGGAGUCUGAGUCAAAGACUGUGGUUGCAGAGCCUGAGCAGAUCCCAGCAGCAGAUUGUCUCCGGAUCGUUCUGAUCGGGAAAACCGGCGGUGGGAAGAGUUCAUCAGGAAACACCAUCCUGGGAAGGAGAGAGUUUGAAGCUAAAGCUUCUCAGCAGUCGGUCACUAGAAACUGUCAGAAAGCUCAGACUGUGAUCGGAGGUCGGCGGGUCGUUGUGGUCGACACUCCUGGUCUGUUUGACAACAAUCUGACCCCCGACCAGGUGGAUGAGGAGCUGCUGAAGUGCAUCAGCCUGCUGGCCCCGGGGCCACACGUCUUCCUGCUGGUGCUGCCGGUCGGCAGAUUCACAGAGGAGGAGAAACAAACUUUGAGACAAAUGAAGAAAGUUUUUGGUAAAAACUCUGAAGAUUUUACCCUGAUUCUGUUCACUGGAGGAGACAAACUGCAGUAUGAGGAGAAAACGAUAGAGGAGUACCUUAGAGAGGGACGUGAUGAAUCCUUUAUGAAGGUGAUCAACGACUGUGGAAGGAGAUAUCAUGUUUUUAAUAACUACGAUAAACAGAAUCGAUCACAAACCAAUGAACUGAUCCAGAAGAUCAAUAACAUGGUGGAGAAGAACAGAGGAAAAUGUUUCACCAGCGAGAUGCUGCAGGAGGCAGAUGCUGCUAUUCAGAGAGAGAUG